AUUUUAUAGUAAAUAAAUUUAUUACAAAUAAAUAUUACAUUAUACAAAAGACUGUGUAUUAAAUUUGUAUACUUCUAAAAUAAAGAUAGCACUUAAAAAACUACAAAAAUACAAAAUCUAAUAUAAAGCUUCUUAAAAUAAAUACAGGGAAUCCAAUUUUAAAGUGUAAAGUGAUGGAAAUGAAUCUAGAGUUAUACCCGGUUAGCAAGCAUGGGAGCUUGGUAAUGAUAAAAGGGUAUCAGCUGUUUAUGUUGGCCUGAAUAACCCACCCAAAUCCAAAGACGAGAGUGGGAAGAGCAGAGCAGAGCAUGUAGGGCAGGUUGGCACCUUUAGGGUACUAAAAAUCGAGGGCACGUUACCGCGACAUUAGGGGUACCUUUUAAAAAAGGGCAGAAAUUAUAUUAGCAGUGGUAUCUAUCAAUUUGAUGCAUUAGUACCGCGGAUAGCUACUCAACACAAACUAGUAACGCAUCAUCCUCAUACAUUAUACAAGGCAGCUUCUCCGUCAAUUUCCUCACACAUCCCUUUCUCGCUUUCUCUUUCACUCUCUCUUUCUCUCUCUCUCUCUCUCUCUCUCUCUCUCUCUCUCUCUCUCUCUCUCUCUCUCUCUCUCUUUCUUUCUCUCUCUCUUAUUUUCCCUCCCUCUUUUUCAUCACUCACUUUUCACUCUCCUCCUCACUGAAUAACUUAAAUCUCUCCCCCAUGUCAACAAAACCUGAUUCACUCAGUACCAAAUUGAGUUUUUAAUUAAUUAAAUUCCUUUGCUUUGCUUUCAUCUUUCAAAAUGAACGGCAGUUCCAGCGAAAGCAAGACAAGGGACAUGGACGGGCAGCUGGCGGGGCUGGGCUACAAAGUCCGCUCAUCUGAGCUCUGUCAAGUGGCUGAGAAUAUGGAACGUUUAGAGAACGCCAUCAACACUGUCAACUCAUCCAGGGACAUUUCUCAAGUAGUCUCCGACGCACUCCUCUACGAUCCCUCCAACAUAGGUUUAGGUUCCUGGGUCGACACGCUUCUCUCCGAGCUCGACCAAACCGUCUCGUUGCCCUACGAUCUAUCUUCGGACCUACCCGAUUUGCCCACGGAUCCAAAUCGCCAACUGGGGAUGGUAACCACCGUCGAAGAAGACUCCGGGAUAAGACUCGUUCACACGCUCAUCACGUGUGCGGAUUCCGUGCAACGUGGCGACCUCGCAUUCGCGGGCUCCCUCAUCGAGAGCAUGCAGGCACUGCUGGCUCACGUGAACACCUCCUGCGGCAUCGGGAAGGUCGCCGGCUACUUCAUCGACGCCUUACGCCGCCGAAUCUCGUCUCCGCAAAGCGCAGCGUUUCCAACCUCCCCCUACGAGAACGAAGUUCUCUACCACCACUACUACGAGGCCUGCCCCUACCUAAAGUUCGCGCACUUCACUGCGAACCAGGCGAUCCUUGAAGCGUUCAACGGCCACGACUGCGUCCACGUCAUCGAUUUCAACCUGAUGCAGGGGCUCCAGUGGCCGGCUCUCAUACAAGCGCUAGCACUCCGCCCGGGAGGUCCGCCGUCGCUGAGGCUGACCGGCGUGGGACCUCCCUCGCCGGACGAGCGAGACACACUACGCGAGAUCGGCGCGCGACUGGCGGAGCUGGCGCACUCGGUGAACGUGCGGUUCACGUUCCGCGGAGUGGCAGCGUGGCGGCUGGAGGACGUGAAGCCGUGGAUGCUGCAGGUGAGUCCGAAGGAGGCGGUGGCAGUGAACUCGAUCAUGCAGCUACACCGCGUGCUUGGUUCGGGAAUCGAUACGGUUCUCGGCUGGAUCCGAAGUCUAAACCCAAAGAUCGUGACGGUUGUGGAGCAGGAAGCGAACCACAACGGGGAAGGGUUUCUGGAGCGGUUCACCGAAGCUCUGCACUACUACUCCACCGUCUUCGACUCGCUGGAAGCAUGUUCGGUGGAGCCGGACAAGGGUCUCGCCGAGAUGUACCUGCAGAGGGAGAUUUGCAACGUGGUGUGCUGUGAGGGACCGGCGCGACUGGAGCGGCACGAGCCGCUGGCGAAAUGGAGGGAGCGGCUGGGCAGAGCCGGAUUCAGGCCCUUGCAUUUGGGCUCGAACGCUUACAAACAAGCGAGCAUGUUGUUGACUCUGUUCUCAGCCGAGGGUUACUGCGUGGAAGAGAAUCAAGGGUGUUUGACUCUGGGUUGGCAUAGCCGGCCCCUGAUUGCGGCUUCAGCUUGGCAAGCCGCGCCGCUAAGAGAGGGUGAAACGGUGCGUUUCCAGCGCUGAUGAUGAGGAGAGGAUGUAACAGAAAAGAGUUGUUUAUUUAUUCUAGUUACUACUACUAGUAAACACAAAAGAGUGGUGAAAAUAAUGUAUAUUUUUGUAUUUUUCUUUCAUUUUCCCAUUUUCCCA